UUCGUCGUCCGUUUAAGCAAACUCUGCGAAAUUUCGCGGCUUAGCAACGCGCCCUGGAAACAGAUUUUUCCACGGCUCGAAAGGGGCAUUGCGGUUCUGUCAAAAGUCGUGAUUCCGCGAAAACUCCUUCGUGGCUUGAGAAUCUUGCAAAAAUCGCGUUCGCUGAAUCGAUCAAGUUUCAUUUUCUAUCGAAUCAAUGUGAUGAUGUGUUUAAUCAGUCAAAUAUUUUCGGAUAGUCUUGAACAAUACGCGAAGACGUUUGUGAGAAAAUGCGAGAGGUCGAUACCUUCUAUUAAUUUUGAAAAGUGACGAAGACUUUCCAUCGUCGGUGUUUAAAAAUGAAUAAGAAAAUCAAUCUCUUCACGGGGGAUGAGAACUUAGAGAUUCUCGGAGACCCUUGGGAGCUGAAGAAUUCUUCGAAGGAGGUGGAGGAGAAGCCCAUGACCCGGAAGUAUCGCACGAAGCAUAUGAAGCAAUUUCCGGAGUUGUACCGAAGCGAUGUCUCGAUUCAUCCCAGUUACACCGGUUUGAAAAAAUUACCCUACCAUGUGGUCUGCAGGCAUCGUGUGCAAAGAGUCAGGCGACAGAUUUUCCGUCAGUUAAAUCGCGAGAUCGAUCACUUUGCGAUGAGCCAGAUGUUCGCUCUCGAUGGCGUGAGGAUCGAUCGCGUCUUCAGCGUCGGCAUGUCGCCGAGAUCGAUGAUCGUGCCAGAUCCAUUGACGGAAAAAGAGAGACGUCGACUGAACGAACUCCUUCGAGAUUCCUGAAAAGUCCUUUCUAUGUGAUUUUCUAUUUUUUAGAUAAACUCCGCUUCGUUAAUUUACGCAUUCUGUUCUCUCAAUUCUUGCUUCCUCUAAGCCUGAAACUAUGACAGUAUUCAUUACUUGUAACUAUUCCUUGUAAUUGUUAUCAAUAAA